GUAUGAUUAUGAGGCUAUAUUACAACUGGCAUGCUACUUUGGAACAAAACUCAAAGCUUAUUUAAUAUCUUUUCAUCUUGAUGUAGUUGGAAAAAUCAUUGAGACAGAUUGUCCCGCGUGUCCCGCGAGUGACAAGGGUGGUUUUAUGGAUUGCGGAGUAAUCGUGGCGCUGAUCAAUGGGGUUUUUAAUACAAUAUCAAUUACUAUUACUGCAACGGCAACAUACUAUGUAAAUAAUAGACAACCAAACAAUAAUAUACCAAACAAUAAUAUUAAUGUAUUAAUGUAUAGAUAG